CUAGUUUCAUUAGGCAGCCGCCGCGAGCUGAGCCCUACUCCCCAACCUCCCGCUGCCUUCUUCCUCGCACAACGCGCCGCCGCUCCUCCGACUCCGCGGCCUCCCCACUGCGCCGGCAAGCUAACGCUUUACAGUAGGGCCAUGGGAGAGCCGAGCAAGGAGCUCCUGGACCUGCCUUCCGAACCCAGGCCGCCCGCCUUCAUCGAGUCGCUUCUCGCUGGCAGGGACCAGCAGCAGGACAAGGAAGGGAAGCGCAAGCCGGAGCCGCCCACUGCCCCACUUCCCAAAAGCCAAGUUCUUGGGAAAGUGAAGGAUUUCUUGGGCGAGAUUGCAAAGGCGAACCAGAAGUUGCAGCUCGACACACAAAACAAGCCUCCUGAGGAGUAUGAUAUUGAAGCCCUUACUGGGAACGAGAAGGAGUACAUUGAGAUGGAUUUACUUCUUGGUGUUGCUGAUCUUCAUUCGGAGCAAGCUGUGGAGGCUGCUGAAGCAACAGUGAAUGGCCUCCGGCCUUCAGGAAUGCCAUUUCCUUGCAGCUCAUCUGACUCGGAAGAUGAUAGCGAUGAAGAUGGUGGUGACAGACCUAUCGUGCCUGACAAAGAUAAAUGUAAAGGCCCAGAUGAAGCUGAGACAGAUCCAGCAAAAGGAAAGAAGCCCAAUAAAAGACAGAAGAUUGUUGUUCUCAACUAGUGUCCUCGAGUAAGGGUCUGUUUGGAUGUUUGGAUGGGCUAAAGUUGAGUGCUAAACUUCUAGCACUCAUACCAUAUGCUAAAGUUUUUGAGUCUUGGCUAAAAUUUAGCUCACCCCAUUAGCACUUCUAUUUGGAUAAGCUAGUUGUUAAAGUUUAGCACUUUUGAACAUUAGCAUUUGGAUCCAAACACCCCCUGAAGUAAGAGUAGGAGCGGUGCUCUCAAAAAGCACACUGUAUGAGAAUGUGUCCAAGGCAUGGUAUCACCAGAAGUUACUAUUUCAGCGUUCUAUUAUGUUCAGAUCAACUAUCAUAGGGGCUAGAUGAUGUCAUUUAAGGCCCUGCUCCACUUAUACAAAGCGUACCAACGGCGUUCUUUUUCCUUUUGUGAAAAGUAAAUAGUGAUGCGUACAAGUGUAUGAUCCAUUGGUUCCUUCUAUUCAAAAAAGAAUCUAUUGGUUACUUGCCGUUA